CUGUUUUCAGCGACGGUGCAGUCUGUCUCCUCUUCAUCACAGCGAGAGCUGGAUGCGUCCCUCUCGCUUCUCCUCGUCCUCACUGUCGAGCUGUUCUCCAGAGGAUUUCCUGAAACUGAACGGAUAAGGACCACAGAUGUCAUGAAGAUCCAUCUUCCGAAUUAGACAUGAUAUUCAACAUUCCGAUUAUUGAUGUAAUGGAAAGAGGUUUUGUUGCUGAUGCCAUGGAUGAUUGAUUUUUAAAGUGCUCUUGUGGCGCUCUAAACUCAGAGUUGUUUCCAAAAUGAGCGGUCGAGGAGAGCCCUUCCGUGAGGGGGAGUUAAGAAAUAGCAACCAGCAGACUGACGGUGAUGCCAACGCCAAUGAGAUCCGGACAGAAGAUGGCCGGAUGAUGGCUGAAUCUGGCACUAUGACUGAAACAGUACAGCAGGACAAAGUCAUCAUCUGGGGUACAGACUCGCAGUGUGAGGACCCCGACCUGGCCGAGUUCGAGAUGCUGGAGUGUCAGGAGCUGGAGGCCUACGUGGUGGAGGAUGGCAAGGACUUUGCCGGGGUUGCUGAGCGAAAAAGGCGUCAAGACCCGAAUACAUCCCGUAGCAAAGGUUCAGCUGACCAUGUGACGGAUAAUAAGAGCAGGGGAGAGAUAAAGACUAUUCUGCAUGAAGCCGGUGAGCAGGACACCAAUGCCUCUCAGAAAUCUGAGAGCAGAGAGUUGUCCAAGGCUGAGUUAAGUUCAGAAACGGAUGUCUUUGUGUCCUGUCUGUCCACCAUUUCAAGCAUGGACACUGCUAUGGACACUACUGUCAGAUCCCAGACAACAGACUCCUGGCACAUUGCCUCUGGGCCUUACUCAACCAUCUCAGAAGACUUGACUCUGACAACUGACAAUGUCCCCGAGAGAGGCAAGGUCUCUCAGAGAGCUGAUCAUCAUCCCCUCCUCUCAGGAGAAAACACAAUUCACGGGAUAGAUGUGGACAUGAAUUUGAAUUCAACAGUUCAAUCUGAGGAUUUGGUAUCAGAGGCACAAGUCAGCAAUGGAGUUUUUAUGUGUAAGGAUGCCUUUGAUGAACACAGGAAGAACAAUAACCAGAUAAAUAAAGUAGGCAAUGCUAUUGUAGAGGGAGAAUUUGAUAAAAGGAGAAGUACUGAGCACAAGGGUAUACCCACAACAAAAACAGCACACGAACAAAGCAACAUUAAAAUGGAUAAAAGCACACAAGCUGACGAGGCCCCAGAUGUGAACUUCAGCCCGUCAAAAACAGGUACAAAGGGGAAUCAGUCAUCAUUUGAAUCCAAAGCCAUGAAGAAACAAGGAUCAUUUGAUAACUCGUUGAAAAAACAAUACCCUCCUGAAUGGAGUUACAAAAAACAGCCAUCGUUUGAAACUACUUUAAAGAAGCAGCCAUCCUUUGAAAACACCUUCAACAAGCAGGGCUCUUUUGAGAACACAGUACCCUCCAGUUCUUCAAGUCUGGAGAGGAGGAAGCCAUGGGGAAGCCCAAGUCGACCAGCAACUCCUACUUCCCCUAAAAUAACUUUUGGAUCCCCCAAGAGACGACUGCUUGGGUCUCCAGCGAAGGUCCAGAGCAUCAGGUCUCUGAGCUUCGAGCGCAGCGACUCCCCUCAGAGAGGUUUGGGUCCAACUGUCAGACCACCAGGUAAGACAGGUCUGAGCAGCUGCAUCCCCAAACCUGUCUCUUCUCAGCAGAAAGAGCCUGAACCCAGGAGGUCUUCUCCUCCCCAGAAGCCUAAAAAUGUCCGACCCAAAAUAAUCACCUAUGUUCGAAAGAAUCCUCAAGCUAAACCGCAAGGGACAGAAGUCCCAAUCGAAGGCUCUACACUCCCACAAAGAAUAUCCUCUUACUCCAGCCCACCAGCUCAGAAAGAUGCACAGGUUGGUACUCAACCUAAAUCCUCGCCGGUGCUAUGCUCCUCCAACCUGCUGUUUGACAAAUAUCGACAGGAGAUGCCGAAGUCAGGUUACCAUCCUCCAGGCAUGGCUUCUGCUGGGGUAAAACCUCCAGGCAACACCGCUCCUCAAAGGUUGAGUGGGAAGUCGGGCAGUUUUCAUGAGGAUAUUCCAGAAAAAACACUCCAGGAGAAUGUUUCCCAGGAUGGAUGCAGUGUCUUUCGCUCACCCAGAGCUCUGAGGCCUCAGUUGGGGUUAGGAGCGGUCACCAGGCAGCCUGCAGCCAAGACAAGAGUUCAGAUGGGUCAGAGGUCAGCCCCAGUCCCAGGCCAGUCUGCUCAGCCAGCCGGAGCAUCCAACCAAGGCAACCAAGACCCUGCAGGAGAUCAGAAGAGGUCUGGUCUCCGUCCUCCAGGCUUCUCCGCCCUGCCAAAUUCCCGUCUGGCUACCCUCGGCUUUGUCCGUAGCUCCAGUGCCUCAUCUGUGUCCAGCAAUCAAUCAAACGACAGCAAUCAAAGCGAUCCCUGCCGACCUUCUGAGCAUCAUGGCAGUGGCAUCGAUGACACACCUCACCAACACGCCCCUCAGCCUCCCAACGCCCCCAGCCUGCAGCGCCGCAGUCUGCCCCCGCAGGGCUGCUCCCCGCUCGCCUCUAGGAGAGAGAUGCAGAAGGACAUGGAGGCUGCACCAAAGUCCUCUCCUAAAAGAUUUGCUGUGGUUUCGCCAAAGCCACAGUCCCCUGUUCAGGGGCGGACGGCAGCAGUUCACGGCGCUGUUCAGACUGAUCGGGCCCAGGAGAUGGACCGGGUUCUGAUCCAGCAGCUGAGGGAGCGCUGUGAGCAGCAGGACCUGCAGGUUCAGAGCCUUCAGGCCCAGCUAAAGAAAGCCUCUCUGUGUCUGGACGUUUUCAGCAUCACUACCCAGCAUUUCUGUAUCAAGAGUGAGAGUGCCGUUGUGAAGGAGAGGGAACUGUCCCUGGAGCUCGCCAGAAUCCGGGAUGAAGUGGCUUUCAGUGUUGCACACUGGGAGCAACUGCAGCAGGAGAAGGAGAAACUGGAGCGCCGCUUCAAAUCUGAGCUGCAGGGAUUGCGGGCUCAGCAGCAGAAGGAGCUGGGAGUGCUGGAGGAGCGGCUGAAGGCGCAGCACCAGGCCGAGGCCCAGAGCCUGCAGGCCAAUCAGAGGGCCGAGCUCCAGGAGCUGCGGAAAAAACAGCGAGAGCAGAUUGAGGAGAUGAGUGAAGAUCACGAGGCUUCCUUGAUGGAGAUGGAGACGGCUCACGACGACACUCUUGCCACUUUGCAGGAGGAGCAUGCCAGGACUGUGAAGAAUCUGAAGAUGGCCCAUGAACAGCAGACCAAAUCUCUAGAAGAAGACUUUCACAAGAUCAGACUGUCACUGCAGGAUCAGGUGGACACGCUGACGUUUCAGAAUCGCAGCCUGAGAGAUCGAGCUAAGCGCUUUGAAGAAGCUCUACGCAAGAGCACCGAUGAGCAGAUAUUGGAUGCGUUGGCCCCGUAUAAACACAUUGAUGAGGACCUGAAGAGUCUGAAAGAAGUGCUGGAGAUGAAGAAUCAACAAAUCCAUCAACAGGAACAAAAGAUCUCAGAAUUGGAGAAAAUACAGGCUGAAAAGAAUGUGUACCUGGAGGAGAGAGUACAAGUGUUACAGCAGCAGAACGAGGACCUGAAGGAGAGAAUUGACAACAACCUGACUGUGUCCAGGCAACUCUCUGAGGAUAAUGCUCACCUGCAGGUGAACGUGGAAAAGGAGAGCAACGAGAAGAAACGUCUGAGUCGCAACAACGAGGAGCUGCUGUGGCGUCUUCAGACAGGCGAACUGAGCCCUCACAUGUCCCCCAGCGCCUCCCCCCUCCAUCGCCCCCUCUCUGGACCAGGCUCUCCGGCCCGCCCUCACUCCUACCAUCAAUGACACCCUCCAGGGAGGCUAUCGUAUCAAACGCUUUCUUGUUUCUGGUAUCGGAAACCAUGAUUUUUUAAAACUCUUCCUGAAUGUUUAAAGGAUUUACCAGUAUGUUGAUGGACGGACAUGAUGACACGUGUGGUGCAUUUCCAAAGUCAACCCCGAGGAUUUUUAGACCUAAAGAAUUGUAUAAACGAUCAGAAGGGAAUCCUCUUUCUCUAUUCCAAAUGACUGAACAGACGUGCUGUGGGACUGCAGGGGAUUUUAGUCAUUCUAGACUUCAGAGAGCAGGAUCAAAGUACCCCCCCCCCCCAUCUACAUCACCACCUUCUCAUCCAGCGCUCAGGAUGAUGGAUGUACAAGGCAUUUCCAACAUCACAAGUGCAAGGACAAACACAAGAAGCGCCUUCUCCGUCCAUUCUCUCCCACCAGCAACUUCUAUCUAGGCACAGGCAAUACUUUGAGUAAAAUCACAGAACUACCUGGUUACUCUUAAAGUGUGGAUUCUUCUCUGGGGUAUGUUAACAUUUUCAUUCUGAAAUAUUUCAUAUAUCAGGAGUGUAUGAAUGACUACCAAUCCUACCUUAUCUCUCUCUCCUAGAAACUAGAUAUCAGUGAUGACCCUGAAAUGUAUGACUACAACUCAUAAAUCCAUUGAACUGCCAACUAUACUAUUGACUAUAAGUUUGUAGAAGUGUGUAAAUGUAUUGCUCUCUCUAAAGCAUGUUCUGUCUUCCAGUUAUGCAUUUUAUUUUAAGGUUACCAUGUGUGACAAUAUGGCAGGAAGUGUGUAGACGGCAACACAAGUAACCUCUUAUUCUUAAUAAAACUCACCAGGAUGUAUUCAAAUGAAGACAGAAAAUAACAUAUAAAAUAUCAUGGUGUUAUACACAUUUUUUUGAAUGUGAGAUUGGCUUCAGUUAGGUUAAGAAAAGAAAAUGAUUUCCCACACAAGUGCAGGAUCUGCAGAUACCACCAAAGAGGAAGCCGUUAAGCACAGCAGUCCACCUUGUAUUGUGGUCUAUAAUUGAUGGCUGUCAAAAUGUACAGUAUUGACCUGAACACAUAUAUCCAUAUAUGUUCAUUAUGUUGAAUUUGUACAGUUCUUUUUAUUUCCCUUUUGAAUUGUUGCUGUAUCUGUUGCUGUACACUUUUUUGCAAACAAAUACUGUAUAAGGUGAAAAUCUAAUUUCUCUUUUUGAACCUUCAAAAUUGGCAAAAACCCUAUUGAGAGGUAAAAACCAACAUUUAUCUAGGGAGCAAAUAUAUAUCUAAAGUAGUUAGAACAAUCCUCGAAAACUGCAAGCGGUUACCUCAUUUAUUAUUUUAGAUUAUAAUCUCAGGUAUUGUGGAGAAUAAUUAGUCAGCAAAGGGAAGAAACUGCCAUAUCUUUUUCUGUUGGUAUUAAUCCCAUUUUUAUUUUUGCUCAUGUUUACAUAAUCACCAAGCUCAAAUGUCUGUUUUGCAGGAAGUCCAUUGAAUGAUAUGAUUUGAAUGUACAGAAUAUGUAUAAAUAUGUUAUACAAAGUGCAAUCAGCAAAUAUGUACAAAUACAUUGAAGAAAUGUUGCUUUAAUACUAUAAUAUACUACAAAAAUCAGAUCCCCUAGGACCCCAACAUGUGGAAAUAUGAUCAAGCAGUGAUAUGUUUGCAGGUGACUUGUGUUAUGUAUGAGCAGCAAGGCAGAUAUAGAUUUAAUUUGACUGUGUUCUGUGGAGUGGAAAUGGCCUUCCAUCAGGUUCUCCGAUUGCACUGAUCGCCUCUGUGUCCCGUGGACAUGACCUUUUACUCAUUUACUGAAUGUUUGUUUGACACUAGAUAUGAGGUUUUGUUUACAGUUUACAUCCAAUAUCAGAAAAGUUGGUGUUUCACGUGGAUGUGGGUACUUCUGUUGAUUGUUUACGGUUAAGAUUGUAUUCAGUAUAUCAGAAACUGAGGCUCUGGUUUAUAUGAAAGCAUGUCUUUAUAAGGUCAUUGUUCAUAGUUCUUUGUUUUACUUUUCUUGUGCUUUUGUUCUAUUUAUUUAUUUAUUUAUUUGACCUCCUUCAGAACCGCAACUGUAGCUUAGCUGGUUAAAAUAUUGUGGUUAGUGAUGAGAAAUGUAUGUCUACACUGUAUAUGUUGCACUUUGUAUUUAAGUAUUAAAUCACGAUAAGAACAUAAUUUGUUCAAAAAUUA